AUGCCGAGGUACACGGUGCAUGUCCGAGGAGAAUGGCUGGCAGUGCCGUGCCUAAGCUCCACAAACACCGUUGAGUGGCUGGGAAAGGAAGCUGUGAGACGGUACAUGAAAAACAAACCUGACAAUGGGGGAUUUGCCUCAGUGGAAGAAGUAAAGUUUUACAUCCGAAGGUGCAAGGGACUUGGCUUGCUGGAUCUUGAUGAUACCGUGGGGGAUGCUCUAGAGGACAAUGAAUUUGUUGAAGUUGUUAUAGAAGGAGAUAUAAUGUCUCCAGAUUUCAUACCAUCUCAGCCAGAAGGAGUUCAUUUAUACAGCAAAUACCGAGAACCAGAACAGUAUAUUUCUUUAGAUGGCAACAGCCUAACAACCGAGGACUUGGUCAAUUUAGGAAAGGGACUCUACAAGAUAAAGCUCACACCCGAAGCUGAAGUUAAAGUCAAACAAUCACGAGAAGUGAUUGAAAGGAUUGUAAAGGAACAGACAGUUGUUUAUGGAAUCACCACAGGUUUUGGAAAGUUUGCCAGGACUGUCAUCCCAAACAGUAAUCUGAGGGAGCUUCAAGUGAACUUGGUUCGUUCACAUUCUGCAGGUGUGGGGAAACCUUUGACCCCAGAAAGAACUCGCAUGCUGUUGGCCCUGAGAAUCAAUGUCCUAGCCAAAGGAUACAGUGGAAUAUCCCUAGAAACCCUCGAGCAAGUAAUUGAAGUGUUUAAUGCAUCCUGCCUUCCCUACAUCCCAGAGAAAGGGACAGUUGGAGCCAGUGGGGACUUGGCCCCUCUCUCUCAUCUUGCUCUGGGAUUAAUUGGAGAGGGAAAGAUGUGGUCCCCGAAGAGUGGCUGGGCUGAUGCUAAAUAUGUCCUGGAAGCCCAUGGACUGAAACCAAUUACCUUGAAACCAAAAGAGGGUCUGGCCCUCAUCAACGGGACACAGAUGAUCACCUCUCUGGGGUGCGAGGCGGUCGAAAGAGCCGGGGCUAUAGCGAGGCAAGCUGACAUCAUUGCUGCCCUCACACUCGAAGUCCUGAAGGGUACAACGAGGGCCUUUGACACUGAUAUCCAUGCAGUGCGCCCGCACCGAGGGCAGGCUGAAGUGGCCUUUCGAUUCAGGUCCCUUCUAGAUUCUGACCAUCAUCCAUCAGAAAUAGCAGAGAGCCAUAGAUUCUGUGACCGAGUUCAGGACGCGUACACAAUGCGCUGCUGCCCUCAGGUCCAUGGAAUUGUAAAUGAUACAAUUGCUUUUGUGAAGGACAUAAUAACAACCGAAAUCAACAGUGCCACGGACAACCCUAUGGUGUUUGCUGAAAGAGAAGAGACCAUUUCUGGAGGAAAUUUUCAUGGAGAAUAUCCUGCAAAGGCUCUGGACUAUUUAGCAAUUGGUGUGCAUGAACUCGCUGCAAUUAGUGAAAGAAGAAUUGAGAGGCUCUGCAACCCCUCACUCAGUGAACUGCCUGCAUUUUUAGUCACUGAAGGAGGUCUGAACUCAGGCUUCAUGAUUGCACACUGCACAGCAGCUGCCCUGGUGUCUGAGAACAAAGCCUUGUGCCACCCCUCUUCUGUGGAUUCUCUCUCAACCAGUGCUGCUACAGAGGAUCACGUGUCCAUGGGAGGAUGGGCUGCAAGGAAAGCCUUGAGAGUUAUUGAGCAUGUGGAACAAGUUCUGGCUAUUGAGCUGCUUGCUGCCUGCCAGGGCAUUGAAUUCCUACGCCCUCUGAGAACGACAACCCCAUUGGAGAAGGUCUACGACCUUGUGCGCUCCGUGGUGAGGCCCUGGAUAAAGGAUCGCUUCAUGGCACCAGACAUUGAAGCAGCUCACAGGCUGCUCGUGGAGCAGAAGGUGUGGGAAGUGGCUAAACCUUACAUUGAAAAGUACAGGAGGGAACACAUCCCUGAAUCAAGACCCAUUUCACCUACAGCUUUCUCCCUGGGCUCGCUGAGAAUGAGUGCAGAUGAUAGUCACGACCACAGGCAUCAGAAUGAACUUUAA